AUGUUGCCAGAGAAUAUUGUUCGAUCAACGUUCCAGCAGCAGCAGACGGUCUAUGUGUCAGUAAAUGCCUCAGACGGGUCACUGAUGCACAAGCGUCGUGUAGAGUAUUCGGACGGAAUGAACGUCUUAGGUCUAAUUAUUUUCUGCAUUGUGAUGGGUAUCGUGAUUUCUCGAUUGGGUAAACAGGCACGGCCAUUAGCAAAGUUCUUCAUGGCACUGGAUGCCGUUAUCACUAGAAUGGUAUUGCUCAUCAUGUGGUUUGGUCCUAUUGGUAUUCCAUCGCUGAUCGCAUGCAAAAUGCUCGAGGUGUACGAUCUCAUGGCGACUGCUCACACUUUGGCUAUGUUCAUACUGACUGUUGUUAUAGGGCUUGCCAUCCAGUGCUUCAUCACGCUGCCACUAAUCUACUUCAUCGGUACACGUCAGAACCCUUACGUAUUUCUACGUGGCCUAGGUCAAGCUAUUCUCACCGCUCUUGGAACUUCUUCAAGUGCAGCAUCAUUGCCCGUGACGUUCCGCUGUCUGAAUGAACUGGGAGUCGACAGCCGUGUGACGAAAUUUGUACUACCUGUGGGAGCGAUGGUUAAUAUGGAUGGGACUGCUCUUUACGAAGCUACCGCAUCGAUAUUUAUCGCCCAAUUGAAUGGAAUGGAAUUGUCGUUAGGACAGGUUUUGACCGUUAGUAUCACCGCAACACUAGCGUCUAUCGGAGCCGCAUCCAUUCCCAGCGCUGGACUGGUCACUAUGAUGAUCGUUUUGACUGCCCUCGGCCUUCCUGUCAACGACAUUUCCUUAAUCAUCGCUAUCGACUGGUUCCUUGACCGCCUGCGAACAUCUGUCAACGUUAUUGGAGACGCCUUUGGAUGUGGAUUUGUGUACGAACUUAGCAAAAAUGAUCUCGACGAGCUAACAAGAAAAGAGAGUGUUACAGAUGGUAAACCGCACCACAUCAUUCUUCACGGGAACGACAUAAAAGAAAUUGGAGAUACCUUGCCCAACGGUAAUACCAACAAUGCUGAACCUAAUGUCUGA